AUGGUCGUCAUAAUCAUUGCCGCCGCCGCCGCCGCCGCCGCCGCCCUCUUCGACGCCGCCUGUCGUCUGUUCUUGUCAUUUGUCGCCUUGUCGUCCGCCUUGGCGUUAAGGGGAGGGAAUAUCUGCCGGAAAGUAGAACCAAAGAGAAUAAAUCUAUCUAUCUAUCUAUCUAUCUAUCUAUCUAUCUACGUUAAUCACUUCUAUCUAUCUAUCUAUCUAUCUAUCUAUCUAUCUAUCUAUCUAUCUAUCUAUCUAUCUAUCUAUCUAUCUUUAACUGAAAUUAGUGUCUUUCCCCCACUUUUCAUUAUUGUUCGUUAUCUAUCUAUCUAUCUAUCUAUCUAUCUAUCUAUCUAUCUAUCUAUCUAUCUAUCUAUGCAAUAUUUUGCAAACACGUCUUUCACUCGCUAUCCUUCCUCGCCCCCCCUCGCCCCCCCCAACGCCCGGAAAGGUCACGGUUAUUUUCAGUUUUGGGAGGCCAAGCGACGCAUUUGA